AUGGUAGGUUUCGCAAGGUCUAAUACUGCCUUACCUACGCAGCUAGCAUUGGCAUCCAAAUUGCCUAAUAAAUUCGCUGUUUGUAUUCCUUCUUCAACUGAAAAUGGAUUUGGGACAAUUUUCAUUGGUGGAGGACCUUACUAUAUGCCUCCUUAUCCCAAUGACAUGUCUCAUUCACUCAUCACCACUCCUCUCAUCACUAUUCCCGUCAGCAGACCUCCCGUUCUUACACGAUCAGGAGGUCCUUCUGCUGAGUAUUUCAUUGGUGUGAAAUCUAUUCGGGUGGAUGGUAAGCUUGUGCCUCUCAACGCUUCCUUACUAGCCAUUGACAAAAAUGGAAUUGGCGGGACAACGCUUAGUACCGUAGCCCCUCAUCCCCUUUUGGCUACUUCAAUCUAUGAGGCUGUUAUCAAUGCUUUUGUGAAGGCGGCUGCGUCUAGGAAGAUGAAGAGAGUGAAAUCUGUAGCACCAUUCGGAGCGUGUUUCAGCUCCAAGACUGUCCUGGUUAGCACCAACACUGGACCGCCUGUGCUAACUAUAGAUCUAGUGCUGCAAAGCAAGACAAAGUAUUGGAGAAUUUAUGGUGCCAACUCGAUGGUGAAAGUUGGGAAGGAUGUAUUAUGCUUGGGAUUUGAGGAUGGAGGAUCAAACCCAAUCACUUCAAUCGUGUUGGGUGGCCAUCUAUUGGAAAACUAUCUACUGGAGUUUGAUCUAGCUUCCUCAAAGCUUCGGUUUAGCUCUUCACUGCUGCUCAAGAAUACAACUUGUUCCCAGUCCAGAAUCUUUUAAAUUAAGAGUUUUUUUUUUUAUUUUUUAAAUCGAAUAAGGAUAUGCUGGUUUAGUUCAAGAUUAAUGCUCAUUUUAUUUAAAAGCAUGCUGCGUUUUUUGUUUUGUCCUUUCAAAAUGUA